UCCUGGGUUCCCACGUUAAAUUGACACGAAAAUUUUGGACUGAGAUAGAUUGACACGAAAAAAAGUGACGGUUGGUUGGCAAAUUGACACGAAAAUAGGUACCGGUUGGUAAAUUGACACGAAAAAAUAUUCCGCCGCACGUUGCCUGGCGAAGGCCAGCAGCGGCGCAGCCUCAAGUUCCAAAAAAUUCAACCCCAGCUGCAUCGCUGCACCGCCGGGAAACCCAACGGUCGCGCUCCCUCAUCGCCGCAUCCGACACGGAGCGAGGGGAUGGCGCGCCUUGCGCGAGGCAGAAUCCGCUACGAGCGGUAUGAUGAGUGCAUGCUGGUUCUUCUGCUUGCUGUGUUGUGUGCGCUAGCUGGAGAGGAGGACAUGUUCCUCGUGAUGGCCAUGUUUGGCCUAGCAAAGCUGGAGGCGUAUGAAGAACUGAUGGCCCCAACGAUCCUGGAGGCAAAGCUGGAGGCGUAUGAAGAACUGAUAGCCCCAACGAUCCUGGAGGGUGUGUGCCCGAUGUACAAUUUCUUCGAUGCAAUUGGAGGCUUGGACUUUAAGGAGCUCUUUAGGUUCGAGAAGCCUCACUUCCGCGAGCUGCUGCACGAGCUGCAGCUCCCUGAGGAGAUCGAAAUUCACAGGUCAGUCGGAGUCGUGUACGUUUGAGAACUCUGCGGUAGUUGCUGUAUGCGACGGGCAGGGCGCGUCGGGGUUGUGCUACUGCUGUGGACAGGCUUCUCAUCUCAGCACGUAGGAAUCAUACCCGUGUCCUGAGUAUCACGGAGGUGCACAUAGUUUCAGACAGCAUCAAUGAUAGCGAAGCAGUUGAUACAGCAGUAGUCUAGACUAUUGAUUUUUGAAAUGUGUUUUUGAGGUCAUACCUGCUGUACUACAGCAGUCUACACGUGUAGCACAUAUAGUCACCGCACUCUCCAUGCGUUCACCACGCGU